UCCUGGCUUCUUGCUUUCUUUCUUCGACAGCAUGAGCUUCACCACCCGCUCCACCACCUUCUCCACCAACUACCGGUCCCUGGGCUCGGUCCAGGCGCCCAGCCACCGGGUCCGGCCAGCCAGCAGCGCCGCCAGCGUCUAUGCAGGCGCCGGUGGCUCAGGCUCCCGCAUCUCGGCCUCCCGGAUCUCGGUUUCCCGCACCAGCACGGUCCGGGGAGGCUGGGGAGCCGGGGGCCUGGCGGCGGGGAUGGCCGGGGGUUUGGCCGGAAUGGGGAGCAUCCAGGGCGAGAAGGAGACCAUGCAAGACCUGAACGACCGCCUGGCCUCCUACCUGGACAGAGUGAGGAACCUGGAAACGGAUAACCGUAGGCUGGAGAGCAAAAUUCGGGAACACCUGGAGAAGAAGGGGCCCCAGGUCAGAGACUGGGGGCAUUACUUCAAGACCAUCGAGGAGCUGAGGGCACAGAUCUUUGCAAACUCUGUGGACAAUGCCCGCAUCGUUCUGCAGAUAGACAAUGCCCGUCUUGCUGCUGAUGACUUUAGAGUCAAGUAUGAGACAGAGCUGGCCAUGCGUCAGUCUGUGGAGAGUGACAUCCAUGGACUCCGCAAGGUCAUUGAUGACACCAAUGUCACUCGGCUGCAGCUAGAGACAGAGAUCGAGGCUCUCAAGGAGGAGCUGAUAUUCAUGAAGAAGAACCAUGAGGAGGAAGUCAAUGGCCUACAAGCCCAGAUUGCCAGCUCUGGGUUGACUGUGGAAGUGGAUGCUCCCAAAUCUCAAGACCUCAGCAAGAUCAUGGCAGACAUCCGGGCCCAAUAUGAUGAGCUGGCUCAGAAGAACCGAGAGGAGCUGGACAAAUACUGGUCCCAGCAGAUUGAGGAGAGCACCACAGUGGUCACCACACAGUCUGCCGAGGUCGGAGCUGCAGAAUCGACACUCACGGAGCUGAGACGCACGGCCCAGUCCUUGGAGAUUGACCUGGACUCCAUGAGAAACCUGAAGGCGAGUUUGGAGAACAGCCUGAGGGAGGUGGAGGCCCGCUAUGCCAUGCAGAUGGAGCAGCUCAAUGGGGUCCUGCUGCACCUGGAGUCAGAGCUGGCACAGACCCGGGCAGAGGGGCAGCGCCAGGCCCAGGAGUUGCUGAACAUCAAGGUCAAGCUGGAAGCUGAGAUUGCCACCUACCGUCGCCUGCUGGAAGACGGCGAGGACUUCAGUCUCACUGAUGCCCUGGACAGCACCAACUCCAUGCAGACCAUCCAGAAGACCACCACCCGCAAGAUAGUAGACGGCAAGGUGGUGUCUGAGACCAACGAUACCAAGGUUUUGAGGCGUUGAGACAGCAGAAACAGGGUACCCUUGGGAAGCAACGGGGCAAUAAAAAACACAGCGAUCAUUGCAUGUCA